GUGCGCGUGCGCCGCGGGACCCGCCCCCGCCGCGCAACGGCCGUUUCUUGCGAGCGGCGGCCGCCUCCUCAGAGCUGCGGGUAGGCCCUGGAGCGUGCAGGGCUCUCGGCGCUCGAGCUCUUCUUCUUCGGCAGCCCGGCCGGGCGGCCAUGGCGGCGCGGCGAUGGCGGCCCGCGGCUGGCGCGGGGGCCCGGGACACGCUGACGUUGCUGGCGCUGGCCUUGUGCGCCCCCGGGGUGGGCGGCGGGGCGCUCGAGUGGUACUCAGCCGUGGUGGGCAUCGAGUACGUGGACCCGCUGUCGAACCAGACGGUGUGGAGCGUGUCCGAGAGCGGCCGCUUCGGCGACAGCUCGCCCAGGGAGGACAAGCAGGGCCUGGUGGGCGUCCCGCGUGCCGACGGGGACAAGGAGGGCUGCGCGCCCGACACGCGCUUCGUCGCGCCCGGCCGCCAGGGCGCCGCGCCCUGGGUCGCGCUGGUGGCCCGAGGCGUCUGCACCUUCAAGGACAAGGUGCUCGCGGCGGCGCGGAGGAACGCCUCGGCGGUGGUGGUCUACAACCUGGAGCACUACGGGAACGCCACUGAGCCCAUGUCGCACGCGGGAACGGGAAAUACAGUUGUCAUUAUGAUUAGCUACCCAAAAGGACGAGAAAUUUUUGAUCUGGUGCAAAAAGGAAUUCCAGUAAAAAUGACCAUAGGGAUUGGUACUCGUCAUAUGCAAGAAUUCAUCAGUGGUCAGUCUGUGGUGUUUGUGGCCAUUGCCUUCAUCACGAUGAUGAUUAUCUCAUUAGCAUGGCUAAUAUUCUAUUACAUACAGCGUUUCCUAUAUGCUGGCUCACAGUUUGGAAAUCAGAAUCAUAGAAAGGAAACUAAGAAAGUUAUUGGCCAGCUUCCACUACACACUGUAAAGCAUGGAGAGAAGGGAAUUGAUGUUGAUGCCGAGAAUUGUGCAGUGUGUAUUGAAAACUUUAAAGUAAAGGAUGUUAUCAGAAUUCUGCCAUGCAAGCAUAUUUUUCAUAGAAUAUGCAUUGACCCAUGGCUUUUGGAUCACCGAACGUGUCCAAUGUGUAAACUUGAUGUCAUCAAAGCCCUGGGAUACUGGGGGGACCCUGAGGAUACACAGGAGCCCAUUCCAGAAGCUGCCCCAGGAAGUGUUUCUGUUGGGAAUCUCAGUGUGACAUCCCAAGAUGAGGACAGGAGUGGAGAAAGCAACCUUCCGUCAUCUUCCUCGAGUGACUCUGGGCCACACCGCCCCUGUUUUAAAGAAGAUGCAGGGGAAGACACAGCGUUACUAGGAGCCGGCAGGAAUGACCCUCAACAUGGAGGAUCCAUCUGCUAGCACACAUCCUCACUGACAGCCUCACCGACAGAGCCUUGGCUUGAACUACAGGACAUUUAAUUUUUUACUCUAGGGCAUAGUUUGUAUACUUGAAAACAGUGGAUAUUAUUUUACUUUACCUUUCAGAUUCAGAUUUGAUAUACAAAGGGCUGAGAUAUUUUAUUCCUAAAAGGAGUUUUAAUUAGCCUUGAUCUAUUUAUCUACUAAAGGAUGAUGUAUAUUAUAAAUUUUGUUGUGUCAGACUGUCACAGAUGGGGGGUGUUUCUGAGUACUAGACUAGCUUCUGUGGUACUGUAAACCAAGAUUCUGUUUUUCGGGCUUUUAGACAAAGCUCACUAAGUUAAAGUAGAAUUGUGUAAUAUAAUUCAGUAAUUGAUCAAAUGACUUUUCCCUGAAGCAGAGACUCUUUAGAACUUGUAAAAUGAGAAAUCUUGCCGUAGGCAGUGUGUGUACAGCUGUAAACCCAGCACUCAGGAGGCUGAGGCAAGAGGAUUUUGAGUUCAAGCCAAAAAGAAGGAACUGAGGGAAGAGAGAAAUCAACUGUCUUGCACUAUAUUGUCCAUAGAGACUUCAAAACCAAGCAUACCUUUUUGUUGUUUGGAAUUGUGAAAAAAACACUAGUUGAUUUUAUGGUUUGUAUUUUUACCUUUAUUGCCUAAUUUUUUUUUUUUAACACUUGGAAGGAGAAGGACAUUUAUCCAUGUUUUUUCUACCAAAAAAAAAAAUUGGCAGGAAUGCCAUAUUGCACAUUAAAAGUAUUAAAAUAUUGAUUCAUUGAGAAAUUCAAGUAGGCAUACUGUGAUAUUUUUAAAUUAUAAGUAUAUUUCAGUGGAUCUAAUCUUUAAAAUUAAAAAGAUUUAAGUUAAAAUUUUGAUUUUUGUUGUUAGACUAACAUUUUUCUAAUGAGAUUUUAACAUAGUUCAGUUUCUCUAUGACCUUUUAUCUGUCUUUGCUUGGUGUUCCUACAGGUAAAGCCUAUUAAGGUCAUUGCCUGAGUUCUAGAGUGGUCAAAUAGACUUUUUAAGAGUGAGGAGUCCUUUGUUGAUCUUAAACUUGUGUUGCAUGUCUACUUUGUAGACAAAAAUAAAUGCUUAUUGAUAAAAAUAUUUUAUGUAACAGAUUUUAUUUAGCAUAGUUCCAACAUUCAGCACAAAUAGUUUACAAAAGAUAAAAAGUCUAUUAAUAAAAGCCAGUCUUUGCACAAAGGACAGAGAAAAAUAUAUUCUUGAUUCAAAAUAUUUUACACUUCAGUGAUAAACUGAGAGUGCUUUUAUAAAGUUCAUUUGUGUGUAUGGGUACUUUCCCUGUAUGUAUGUCUGUGUACCAUCUGCAUGCCUAGUUCCAAAAGAGGCCAGAAGAGGACAUCAGAUCUGAUGAACUGGAGUUACAGAAGGUUGUGAGCCACCUUGUAGGUACUGGAUAUUGAACCUGGGUUCUCCAACCACUGAACCAUCUCUCCAGUCCAAGGAAAGAAUGCUUUAAGAAGUGUUUCUGGCUGGCACCACAAGUCACUGGAGGUCACUGAUCCACAGUCUUUCUUGAUGUUUGCAUUAAUGCUUUCAGCUGGAACUACUUACAGGACAGGAGUCAGAAACACUUCCAGAUCUAUUACUGUCCUCUCGAGGCUUCUGCUAGGGAAAAGAUAAGUAUCCUCACGGCAUCUCUUCUGCAUACAGGUUUAGGAAUAACUUCAUCAGUAUCAUUUUCAGAUCAAUUUUCCAUUUUCUCCAGCGCAAAACUUAAUUUAUCUUUUUUCACAAGUUCUGCUUUGAUUAACUUCAGCUACUUUUUAUCUAAAUUGGUGACCAUUUCUUCUAGUUUCCAGUGAUCUGUUAUGGUCUUUGUUUCAAGGCAUUGAAUCCUCCCUAGGUAUGAUGCAUUUCCUCCAUCUGCCAUCUCUGUCACUGACUGCUGAGAUGCUCCGAUAGUGUCCUUACUGAUUGUGUCAUCUCUGACCACAGGAGUCUGAAAAGUGGGAACUUGUGGCAGAGUAUGGACCACCUGGUGGGUAAGGACAGCUGGCAGAACCACUGGGAUUAGGGAGAGGUAUCCAAAUGAAUAUAGAAAUUCCCUUGGCACGGCUGGCAUAUAGGUCAUUGAUGGUCCUGUUUUUAGGUACAGUGGAAAGGAUGUAGAAAUGGUAGGUUGGAGAACACUGAAAAGGUCCUUCUCGAAACAUUACAGUCAUAACCUGAAUAAGCUCCAGAAGGCUGGAAGGUAGAUCUUCCCAUUUUGAACCACAUGCUUUCAGUAGUCACUGAACUAGUGGGCUUAACAAAAUGAGAUGGUAUGUGUCCAGCAGCCAUAGGUAUAUUGGAAUAUUAUACAUACUGCUUCCAUAAUAUAUAGGAAUUGUUCCAGCCUGGAAUUGCUAUCGUUUUAAAAAUGAGUCCAGUCAGUACAAUUUUGAGAUUUUUGUAUGUAGUAAUAACUGACAGUUUCACAUACAAAUGUCUGUUUAUGCAUGGAUACCAUGUCCUACAGCUGGCCCUAGGGCAGCACCAUGGCACCAUACACCUCCAUCUUCACAGGCAUCAGCAUCAAGGGCUGCCCCAGGUCUCCAGAGAACUGCAGAGGCUAUGCCAAGGCAGCACCAAGUAAAUACAAUUUUAAAGGCUAAAUUUAUCCUUAGAACUGUAUCUAAGACAUAAAAGUGUCUUAUACUAAGCUAUUUUUCUACAGUUGGAUUCUAGCUACUCAUAGUAAAAUGUGGAUUUUACUGGAAGAAUGUACGACCAGAUGAACAUGAUGAGCUGUUGAAGUAGAAAAUCUGUCUUAUGUGAAGAGACUCAGAGUUGGGUUUACAAGUUCUUACUGAUCCACUGUGGUCAGUGCAAAGAGGAAUUCUUUACCAAGUAGAUUAGUGCUGUCUUUUAAGACAUACCAGGGAAAAUGUCAUCAUUCCAACAGUAAAUGAAGCUGGCUUUUACAAAGGAUAUUGUGAUAGGGCGAGGUAAAUUGUUUUUAAUUAUUUACGAUUACUGAAGAAUUUUUAAGGCAGGGUCUCAGUGUUUAAUGAAAUUUGAAUUUGAAUUCACCAUCCUUCUGCCUCAGCCUUCCCAGUGGUGAGAUUACAAGCAUGUGGACCACUUCUGACUCUGAAUAGUGUUUUGAAGAUUGGAGGCAGUGGUUGAAAGAGGCAGUGUCCAUGACAAAGACGGUGGUUUGCUGUGGUUCCUGCUCUCCUGGCUUUUCACUCUGCAGUAUUGAUUGAUAUUUUGGCUCUCUCAGCAGAAAACCAGAUUUGUGAGCACAUGGUCUCACUUGGCAGGUAAUUGUUUCUUACAUGCUGAAUUGAUUGGGGUCUUAAACCUUUCUUCCCAGAUGAUUCUUCCUAUGGCUGCUGAGGAAUGAUGACAAUAAAAGGCCGAAUUGCAGUGUCUCCAUCAACAGUUUGCUCUCUAUGUGGGCACACGAUGACAAAACCUCCUGAAGCGAAUCACUGUCUGACCUCAGUAAUGCCAGGGUGGAAGCUUCCUGCCUAUGGUCAACUUUCCAAGAGGGGCUAGGAAAAGCCUUCCCACGCUAAGAAAAAUAAUCAGUCUCACUAACUACCCUGAUCAAGCAGAAUCAGUGUUCCUUGAGAUACACUUACCAAAUCAAGGACUGCUAGAAUUGUAAAAGUAAUAGUAGCCCUUCCAGAGUAAGAUAGCUAAAUUGGGCAGCAGUUUCCUUGAGGCAAGUUGAUAUUUGCUCAAGGAAGGAUGAGGUUUAAUCAGUGUGUAUCUAUUAUUAGCUGGAACUUGAGAACACUGUUUGAGACAAAAGCAGUUCUUAAGGUCAGGAAAACAUUGCUUUGCCAUUUCCUAAACACUAGGUGUUGGCCUGAAGCAGAGAUAGCUUUGUGGUAUAAUGUGAUGUGUUUCUCUGGCACAAUACUACAUUAGAAAAGCUACCUAUGUCUUUUUUUUUUCCAGCUCAAUUUUGCUUUUAAAGACUUAGAAACAUCAGCAUUUCAUUUUCAGAAAUAGUAUCUGAAUCACUCAUUAUAGUGGUAUCUGCCACACACUUUGCUGAGACUUCUUUCUCUGCAAAGUCUAGAAAAUCAUGAGUUGAAGUAUCUGUGCCCAUUCACUGAAAAUAUGAGGUCAGUCAGUCUCUAUGACAAAUGGCAGGUUACGUGCUGGGCUGAUGAGAAGAAGUCUAAGAAAAACAGUAUUUUCUAUGGGCCCAUUGUAGUAACCGACUCUCAGGUUUGUGUGUCAGUUCUUUUGUAAGUCUUGGAUGUUCCUAAUGUAGACAGUUUUCUUAAUUGCUAAUUUCUCAGAUAAAAUACUCAUGUUAACAAGACCUAUUCAGAAUAUUGUAGACUGCCCCGUAGAUCAUAGAUUCUGAGAUCCACAAUUACCAUGGAAAUGUUACCUAAAAUAUAUGAAGUGUGCUACUUAAAAUUAGGUAUAAAUGAGAAUGUGUCCUAUAAAACUUAGUGAUCUCGUUUCUGUAAAGUUGAUAAAAUUGGUAAUAAAUGCUGUUGAAUAAUUUUAAGUGGUUGUAUUUUGGGAUUCCAAAAUGUGUUUUUAAAAAACUUCUAUUAAAUUGUUACUGAUUAGUGUUCUUUUUUUUGGACAGGUGAUUUGAAGAUUUAAGUUGAACUAAAAAAAAUGUCAUGAAGUUUAACCUAUGUUAAAUUAAACUCAUUUAAUUACA